AUGAGUCGCCCCAGAACAGAUAACGUCCUCCAGCUGCCAAAUGAGAUCCUGCUCCGGGUAAUUUUGUAUUUAUUAUAAUUUUACUUUUUUUCAGAAUUUUUUUGAAUUUUUUUCUCCAGAUAACGCUCAAAACUUGCGACUUUUCAAGUUUCUCAUUUUUUAAAACUACAAUCUUUUGGACUCCUCUGAUGACUGAAGUUUCGUUUCAAAUCAAUUUUUACUCGAAAAAAGUUUCUAGUUUUCUAAAACCAAAAAAGCUUAUACUUAUACCUGGCUACUAUACUUUGAAAAUGUUUUUCAUAAAGAAUUUUUUUAAUUCAUUGUUAGGCUUCUUCCUCAUCGAUAAAUGUUUUUUUCAAACAAUAAAUCUUGAAAACUUCAAAAAAAUGGCGCAAACUGUUUCCUGGUGCCUUAUCAGGUCAAAAACUCGAAAAUUUGUACUUUUCUAUCGAAAUUUCUCUUCUCGUUUUUCCUCUUCACAAAAAAGAUGUACCAAAAAAAAAGCGAAAAUUUUCAGCUUAUUCACUAUUUUCACCAAAAUACCCAUCUUAUUUCUCUCAAAAAUGGUUCAUUCGAAUUCAAAUUUCCUUGGAAAGAAUUUUCAUCAGAAAAUGAGGGCAAUUUGUUGGAUAGGAGCCAAUAAAUUGCUGCCAAUGUUUAUACAAUUUGACCAAAGAACGAUUUUCAACGCGAGAAUUUCCGUAUCUUCAUUGAAAAACAAAAAAACCUUCAUUUGUAACACGGCUGUUUUUUUUUCUUGGCAACCCGAAAACAAGUUCCAGACAGAAACUAAUUCAUUGUUCUGAUUGUACUGUUUGUUUUCUUGGUCAAACGGCCGUUGAAUUCUUCGGAAUGUACUAAUUCGAAUCGAGGUUUUCCAGUUUUCCUUAUUUCGAGUAGGAAAAAAAAACAUUCCCCACAACACAACACAAUAACGUUUGAAUUGCGCCGCCACUCGUGAUUUUUUUUUUCGUCUUUUUAUUUUCACCGCGACACGCGAAUGACUUGGGUGUAAACUUUUCUUUUCGGAUUCAAGCAAAACACCAAAUUUAAUUUCUUUUUCUUUUCUAAGAACUUUAUGGAAAGUUAGACUAAUAAAUAUCAUCACAAGUACUUCUCACACUGUUCAGUUCAGAAAUUCUGGCUCAAUUUUGGCGUUCUAGUUGAUAUUGUCAAGUUUUGGAAAAAGGAAAACGAUAAAGAGAAAUAACAAGAAUUCAAAAUCCAUGAAAAACACAUAUUAAAAAAAUGUUUUUCUGAUAUAUCGUAAGUCAAAAUUUUCAGAUUACCCAAGAUCUUCCGAGUCGGGACGUCUUCUUUGGCGUGGCACGAACGAAUCGACGUCUUCGGGAUCUUGUACAGAACAAUUUGAACUCUCUUCCUCUGUAAGCUUGUUUAGAGUCGAAAAGAAUCGCUAUGACCACUUGUUAUCACUUCACCUAGACUUUGAAUACAACUGGAAAAUUAUCUGACUUCUAGAAUAAGCUUUUUUGAACGUUUUUUGAUAUAAAUAUAAUGGCAAUCUUUGCCUAGUCCUGAAAGUACUGAAAGUAAUUGAAGUCAUGAAAUCGGGAAGAAACACGCAGCUUCUUUUACCUUUGAAAGUUCCUUAUCAAGGCCAAUCAACUGCUGCAUGAAAUUAAAUGGUUUUCAUCGUUAAUUUCAGUAAAAUUAACUUUUUUUUUUCAAGAAAUUCAUGCCGGAGCUCUGAUAAAAGUGGCAAAUGCAUUAUAUUUUCAAUUUUUCAAAAUUGAACUUCGGCUCCGAUUUGAAAAAAAGUCGAUACAUAUUCAGUUAUUCUAUAACCAACAUCCUAAUGUUUUUCUUGGUUAUUUUCGAUUAUUCUUGAAACACAAACAUCACCAAAAUUUCGAAAAGCCCGACCGAUCACUUUCCGUCGACUGAUUCUUCACCACAUUUUUCAAAGUAGACUUACUCAAAGAUAAAUUUUCCAUUUCGGAAUAACUUGGAGAGUUUCUCAGAUUCGAAGCCCAUUGCCAUGUCCACGUGGUCGACUCGGCUCCCGGUCAGCCGUACCGUCAUGACGGCACAGAUCCCAUCAUCUCCUAUUCCUUCACCAUUUAUGAUCCCGCUUUGAAAGGUUUUUCAAAUCACGCCGAACGGCGAGAAAAUAUUUUCUAGUAUGUUAUCACGAUUUCGACCUAAUUUCGUUCACGACACAUGUUGAAAGUUGCUUACCUAAUUUAGCUGUUUUGGAGGACCUUUCGGAUAGCUCUAAAUAGUUCAUUUUCUAGACUAUGGCCAGAAACAGCGGCUCUGCCUUCGAGGAAACAACAUCAAAUUCCGUGAGCUUCAUGUGAAUCACGUCACUCCGACGGCCAUGUACGCCGAAUUGGAAAAGGGCCUUUGCGACGCCCGUCUUUCUCCCGACAUCGCCUUCACUGUAAACAGAAAAACUCCUAAUUAUUGCUUCGUUUUGAACUUUUGAAGCUCCUCUCCUACAUGCGAGUCACGGCGAUGCGGUUCCAAGUUCGCAAACUGUGCAAAGAGGAAUCGAAAAGGCUGAAAGACGAUUUCUUCGCCGACUGCGUCGAGUUCUGCGAGCGUCGCUGCACCAAAGUUCAGAUCAAGUUGGUUUUUAACAAUUUCUAAGAGAAAAAAAAAUUAUAGGUUUCAGUUCCUUCACAUCUAGCUUGAGAUAAAUUUACUGCAUAGACGCUAGUUUUUUUUUUUCAUAUAACUCUCUAGCCCUUGUUCAAUCUCUAUUAAAUAUUGAACCAAGCCAGACACCCCAUUCCAAAGUUCAGAUCAAAUCGGAAAUGUAUCAGAAGGAUCAUGAGAACAGUUCAACGUAGUUAACCGCUAGCCUGAGGAAAAUUAGAUACUUGGGAAUUAUCUUACUUUUACACACUAUUUCUAUUUUAACCUCAGUUGGAGCAUGAGCAAUCAUUUUCUUCCAGCCAACGAAGUUAUUAAAUGCAAGACGAAUUACAGUGUAUUGAUGUAAAUGAUUUUUUAGAGGUUUUUAUUUAUUUUUUUAAAAGUACAUCGAGUUUUCACCUAUUUCAAGGGGAGGAAGUCUGAAAAAAAUACUGAUAAAUAAAUUUAAUUAAAAAAAAGGGUUUUCAAGCUUAAUUUUCAUGGUUUUUCGGAUGAACUAAUAUCAUCCAUCCGAUUAAAUCUCUUUCAGAUCCUUGCUUCUGUGCUCGAAAAGCCUCCUCUUCCCCUGGACGCUGGACAAGAUGUCCAUCCGACGUCUGACCGGGCUCCGAUCCCUUCGCGUGCUCAUCCUCGAGAACAUGACCACCUUGAAUCCUCUUCUCCCUCUUCUUUCGGACUUACUGUCUUCCCUGAGAGGCCUCCAACUGCGGCUCGAUCAACGGCAUCGCAUGGACGUCGAUCGCGUCACCUGGGCUCCGAUUGACGGUUCAUCUCCGAGUUUCUUUUCUUAAAAGUGUUCAUUCAUUUAGCCAUGCUCCUGGACGCCUUGGCCAAGGCCGCCGUGAGAAAUGUCGAUUUUUCGGCUUAUUCCGACGUCGCCGACUUUGUUUCCACUAUCACGGCCGCUCAGAUGGUCACCUUCAUUUUGGUGAGUUUUCUCGGGUUGCAGGGAGAUUUCUGAAUGAUAUUAGGUUUCCUAGAUGUAGUUUUUUACGGUGAUUCUGAAUCUGUGCUCAAAAAUUGCCUUCGAGGUCUAUGAAAAAAGUAAGAGACUGUAAAAACCGAAAAGGUUGAGAUCUCCGUUUGAGCUAAUUUUUUGAAGGUAUAGAGUUAUUGUGUUAGAAGAAACUAAGGAACAUGGAUUUUUAAAGAAUUGGCGAACAACGGCACGUCCUUGGAUGAUAAAAUCGAUCGCCUUCAACUCGAUGGUCACUAUCGGAGAGUUCAGAUCAAGUGUGAACCAUAUAAAUGCGUGAGUCUCAUUUAUUUUCUAAAGGUUUUGUUAAAAACUGAAGUUCCAAGUGGUCUUAGAUGUGGAGCUCGAGGAAGAAAUUUUAAAACCUUGUGUGAAUUUUUUUCUCGAUUUCGAAAGCAUUUUUCGCAAGUGGAAUGGUUCAAACGGAAAGCGUUGCGGUUUCCACUGAUUUUCUACUGGUCAAACUUGAUCUCAUUUUUCAUUUUUUCAUUCAUUUCAAGUGUUUAUUCGCCAUUCCGCAAUCAGCACGACAAAUACAAAAAAAUAAAACAUCAAAACAAUCAAAUAAAUCUAACAGCUGAUCUGUGGAAACGGCUGGAGGAAAAAGAUUGUCUGAGUAGACGGUGCUAACCCCCAUUUGGUAUUUAAGUUUGUUCUUUGUAUUUUUAAUAAGUUAGAAUUUUUCUAGAUUUUAGUAGGAUCUAAUGAUUUUAAAAACGAUGUGUUUGAUUCGAACCAUGAGGUGAGCAUAAUCUGAAACUUGCCGAUUUCGUAUUCAAUGAUAAUUUCUCUCUCCAGUUGGUUCCAAAUGGGUAUGACUCUAUGAUUUAGGAAGCGUUGUUUGAUCAAUUCAUUCAUUCUCUACUGUUUUUUUUUGAUGAUUGUUUCCUUCCCGACAAAUUCUAAGUACUACUAUUGAUAGAUUGAUUUUUUAGAAACGACGAGAUUGUCGACGUUCCCUACUGCAGAUUCAGAAGUUUCCAUGUCCGGAGUCCGAAAGUCGCUCUGGAACUCGCUUGUUAUGCCAACGGGGUUUCUCAUUUUAUAUUUUAUUUCCCAUUUUCAUUUCCCCAACUUUCAGAACACGACGCAGUGGCUCGUUCGUGCUGGAUAUAUCGAAAAAUCUCCCUGA